GUAACUGGAAACUCAUGCAUCGCCAACGCCUUCUAUAUAAACGGCAAUAAUUCUAACGUACCACGCAGUGAGGUCGAGACACUCAAUUUAGCAGCACUACGCGUUCCUUUACGGUUCUUCUGCUAUUCAUCUCGGAUCAGACCGCAAGAAUGGUGAAGAUGGGAUUACUAUCAGCUGGGCUUCUCGUCACUCUGUUUGCUAUCAUCGGUACAUCACAGGCCCAGUUCAAAGAUAUUCGUACGCGUGAUCCAGCUUGCGGUAACAUAGCAUGCACAGCCGACUACAACCCCGUUUGUGGCAGUGAUGGGAAGACGUACUCCAACGGCUGCCACUUAGGUAUCGCGCAGAGAUGUGAAGAUUCAAGUCUAAGGGAGUAUUGCAAGGGAAGAUGUGGGGAAUGCGGAUAUGAGUGAGUCUUCAUUGACAUUGGAAAAAACAGUUUCAUAAAUAUAUUUUCAUUACCUGUAGGAGAAAUUGUUUAAAAAUACACCAGGUCAACUGCAUCAUUGAUGUACUGUUUCAAGAAUUUCAUUGUGAACCUGCAUCAGAUUUCUAGCUUAAAAUAUCUGUACCUUUCAUUGAAUUUAUUUUCUUGUAGCAUUGUAUUAUCUAUGGAAUGAAAACAUAAUAAAGCCUACUUUAAAAUCCA